AUGGUGCGGGGUACGUCGGCGAUUGAUGACGGUGCUUGGGACCAGCGACGGAAAGUUGAUGUCAGUGUUCAGGGACAAAUCAUACAUGGCGAAAGACACUUAGAACUCUCAAUUACUAUCAAGCAACGAAAUCCAAUCUACUCGCGAGCAAAUCCAAGUCUUCAUAGAACUCCCCUGGACAUGGCGCGGAAGAUUAGAUUAGGAAUUAUCACACCUUCUUCUAAUACUAGCCUUGAACCUCUCACACAAGCCAUCAUCUCCAGGCUUCCGGAUGUCACAGUUCACUUUUCUCGUUUUCGAGUUCUGAAGAUCAGCCUAGAUGAGGCUGGGCUCGACCAGUUUCAGACCGACAACUUGAUCUCAGCCGCGCAGCUUUUGACCGAUGCUGAGGUUGACAUGAUCGGUUGGAGUGGUACUUCGUCGGGUUGGCUGGGGUUUGAAGCCGAUGAAAAGUUGUGUGCGGAUAUCACUGCGGCAACAGGAAUUCCCGCGACGACUUCUGUUCUCGCGCUGAACAAGGCCUUGCAAAAGUUUGACGUCAAAGAUCUUGGCUUGGUCACUCCUUACACAGAUGAUGUCCAGGAAGCCAUCAUUCGGAACUAUUCACGUGUCGGAGUGAGUUGCCAGAAAGAACGACAUCUAGACCUUACGAUGAACUCGUCUUUUGGUCGCGUCGACGAAACUACGUUAGACGGUCUCGUGAGCGCUGUGGCGGCUCAAAGACCAGAAGCAAUGGCAAUAUUCUGCACAAAUCUGAGAGCAGCUCAGAGGGUGGCUUUUUGGGAGGAUAGGCAUGACAUCCUCAUACUUGAUACCGUUAUCACAGUCAUUUGGGAUAUGUUGCGAGAAUCCAAGGUUGACAUGAAACCCUUGGGUGAUUGGGGAAAAUUGUUCUCAAAGUAG